CAGCGGCAGCGGCAGCGAACGGGCCAUGCAGGGGCCGGGCUCCGGGCUCUGCCCGUUCUUCAUCAUCUUCACCCUUCUCUUCCCGCUCCUGCCGGCGGCCGCCGCGCUCGCCGCCCCCCCGGCCCGGCCGUGCGUCCCCCCGGGUCUGCGCCGCGGGCCGCUCCCAGAACCAGCAAGCUCCGGAGAGGCUCGUGCAAGGUUGUGCAGGACCAGGGAGCCCGACGUCGGGGGUCGGGAGGACGUGGGUUUCCAGCGGCUGCCGGGGGCGGGCAGGAGACUGCCUGCUCCCCCCUGGGAUGUCGCCCCUCCUCGGGAUGCCACCGGGAGGCCAGGCCCUGCCCCUGGUCCCGUGUGGAGCAGGCGCUCCUCCCAGGAGCCCCCUGAAGCCCCCAGGGCUGGCGCUGCUCUCAGGAGGAGGAAGAGGGACUGGGUGAUCCCCCCCAUCAAGGUUCCUGAAAAUGAGAGGGGCCCCUUCCCUAAAAAGCUGGUUCAGAUCAAAUCCAACCGGGACAGAGAUACCAAGAUCUUCUACAGCAUCACAGGGCAGGGGGCAGAUGCCCCCCCUGAGGGGGUCUUCACCAUCGAGAAGGAGUCAGGCUGGAUGAAGGUGACGCAGCCGCUGGAUCGGGAGCGUAUCGACAAGUACCAUCUCUUCUCCCACGCCGUGUCAGAGAAUGGCAAACCGGUGGAGGAGCCCAUGGAGAUCAUCGUCACCGUGACAGACCAGAACGACAACAAGCCCCAGUUCACACAGGAGGUGUUCAGGGGCUCUGUGCCCGAGGGUGCUUUGCCAGGCACCUCCGUGAUGCAGGUGACCGCCACCGACGCGGAUGAUGCAGUGGAAACCUACAAUGGUGUCAUUGCCUAUUCCAUCCUCAGCCAGGAGCCGCGGGAGCCUCAUCCCCACAUGUUCACCAUCAACAAGGCCAAUGGCGCCCUCAGCGUCAUUGCCAGCGGCCUGGACCGGGAGCGCGUGCGGGAAUACACGCUGACGGUGCAGGCGGCUGACCUGGACGGCGAGGGGCUGACCACAACGGCGCUGGCGGUGAUCGAGAUCGCAGAUAUCAAUGACAAUGCCCCUGAGUUUGACCCCAAAACGUAUGAGGCAGCUGUGCCAGAGAAUGAAGCCGGGCGGGAGGUGGCCAGGCUGGUUGCCACUGACCUGGACGAGCCAAGCACUCCGGCAUGGCGAGCCAUCUACUCCAUCUUGCGUGGCAACGAGGGAGGUGCCUUCACCAUCACCACCGACCCUGCCAGCAAUGAGGGUGUGCUCCGCACAGCCAAGGGUCUGGACUACGAAGCCAAGAAACAGUUUGCGCUCCAUGUUGCUGUGGCCAAUGAAGCCCCCUUUGCAGUGAAGCUACCAACAGCUACUGCCAUGGUCACAGUCAAUGUGGAGGAUGUCAACGAGGCACCCAUCUUCAACCCACCAGUGCAGCUCGCUCGGGUGCCAGAGGAUGUGCCACCAGGGCAGACUCUCACCUCCUGCACAGCCCAGGACCCCGACAAGGCACAGGGACAGAGGAUCAAGUACCUGGUUGGGCACGACCCAGCAGGAUGGCUGGCCGUGCACCCUGAGAAUGGCCUGGUGACAGCACGGGACCACCUGGACCGUGAGUCCCCCUUUGUCAAGAACAGCACCUACAGUGUCGUGCUGCUGGCUGUGGAUGACGGCUCGCCGCCUGCCACAGGCACUGGCACCCUGCUCCUCACCCUGCUCGAUGUCAAUGACCACGGCCCUGAGGCAGAACCCCGGGACAUCACUGUCUGCAACCACAACCCCCAGCCCCAGGUCCUCACCAUUACUGACCGGGACCUGCCCCCCAACACUGGGCCCUACCGUGCCGAGCUCAGCCAGGGCUCUGGGGACAGCUGGGCUGUGGACGUCAGCAACCAAGAUGACACCGUCACCCUGCGACUGGUGGCACCACUGGAGCCAGACCUGUACCGUGUCUACCUGCGGCUCUUUGACCAGCCGGGCAAAGCCCAGCUCACCGUCAUCACCGCGCAGGUCUGCGCCUGUGAGGGGCCGGUGCAGAGCUGUCCCCAGAGCCAGCAGCCCGCCACCAGCCUGCCCUUCAUCCUUGCUGCCCUGGGUGCCCUCUUGGCCUUGUUGCUCAUCCUGCUGCUGCUGCUGCUCUUUGUGAGGAGGAGGAAGGUGACGAAGGAGCCGCUGCUGCUGCCCGAAGAUGACACACGGGACAACAUCUUUUACUACGGGGAGGAGGGCGGUGGGGAGGAGGAUCAGGACUAUGAUCUACGUCAGCUGCACCGGGGCCUGGACACCCGCCCCGAGGUGCUGCUCCGCAAUGACGUGGCCCCUACCCUCCUGCCAGCGCCCCAGUACCGGCCCCGCCCCGCCAACCCCGAUGACAUCGGCACCUUCAUUGAUGAGAACCUGAAGGCGGCCGACACAGACCCCACAGCUCCCCCCUAUGACUCUCUGCUGGUGUUCGACUACGAGGGCAGCGGCUCAGAGGCCACCUCACUCAGCUCCCUCAACUCCUCCACCUCUGACCGUGACCAGGACUAUGACUACCUCAACGACUGGGGCAGCCGCUUCAAGAAGCUGGCAGACCUCUACGGGGGGGGGGAGGAAGAUGACUAGGACCCCCCCCCCCAGCCCUGCUGUACCCUCUGCCCCACGCCUUACUGCUGCCUGUGCCUUGGGGCUGCCAGCAGCCAACCCACCCCCUGCCUUGGCGGCUGCCCCCUCGCCUUCCUCGCCUGUAUUUUUGGGUUUUUUUUUAAUGUAUGGAAUAAUAAAUGCCGUGUGACACUCCAGAUGGGGUGAGAGGGU